AUGGUCUGGGCCUCUUCGCUGCUUUGGUCGCGCUGUAACGCAUCCGGUGUACUGCGGUCCGCACUUCGACUGGCGGCUGUGACUCGCAGCAGGCGGUGCAGCUUGAGGUCUCAUCGCGUCGCGCCUCGCCUUGCAGCCUCGCUAAAACCUGCGAAAUCCUUCGUCUACGAGAUGAAGACCACGCUCGUCGUUCUCUGCGGACUCGCUUCAACAGCUCUCGGAACCUUUGUAGGCAACUAUGUCGCGCCGACUCCCUAUCAGCUUUUCAACCUCUAUUGCCCCAAGAUGGCCAUCAAGAUCAUUGACUUGCCGCUCAACGCAACAUCAGUGGCUUUGUCAUUGACGCACUCCAACGGUAUGGCCAUCGGCACUGCCUAUGAUAUUGGCGGAGGCCCUGUCACCAACGGCAUCUUCUCUGGCGUCUUCAACUGGAUCACUGACCAGACCAAGACCGGUCAAUGGGCCGUGGGCGCACACAUCGCCUACAAGGACGGGAAUGGCCAGCCGGCCGUGGGUUAUGCUGCUCAGCAGUUCGUGGUCCCAUCGCGCGUCGGGGCUCGGUCCAGCUUCGGCAUUGCGUCCCCUCGAGAGCAUGCCGAAUCGGAAUCUCGACGGUCAUCCGGAGGUGACGUUGUGCAGACAGCUCACGCUCACUCCAGUGUAUAA